AUGAAGUCUACGGUCUUCCUCAUCCUUUCCCUGCUCCUCAUCCGGGUGAAGCAUGCAGCUGGAAAGAAACUCCUUGUUGCUGUUAAAGGACAAGAAACUGUGCAAGGUCAUGUUUGGACCACACAACAGGAUCCUGUGGAAGAACAAUUUUUAGUUCAACAAAAAGACCCCAUGAUCGAUCACAUUUGGGUCAAUGGACAAGAUUUUGUGGAAGAAGAAGACUCAGUUAAAGGUCUCAGCCCUGUGAAAGGUCACAUGAAGGUCAAAGGACAAACUCUCAUGGGAAAAGCAGUUUCCAUUAAAGGUCAUGGUUCUUUGAAAAGUCGUAUGCAAGUCAAAGGACAAGAUCUCAUGGGAGAAGAACUUUUAGUUCAAGGUAAUGAUCCAGUGAUCAGUCACAUUUGGGUCAAUAGACAAGAUUUCGUGGAAAAGCCAGUUUCAGUUAAAAGUCUUGGCGUAAUAAAAGGUCAAGGUUACUUGAAAGGUAAAGGCUCUCUGAAAAAUCAACUACAGAUUAAAGGACAAGAUUCCAUGGAAGAAAUAGUUACAGUUAAAGGUCUCCACCCUGUGAAAGGUACCAUACAGAUCAAAGGACAAGAUCUCACGGGAGAAGAAUUUUUAGUUCAAAGUACAGAUCCAGUGAUUAGUCACAUUUGGGUCAAUGGACAAGAUGUUGUGGAAGAAGCAGUUUCAGUUAAAGGUGUUGGUGCAGUGAAAGGCCGGGGUUCUGUAAAAGGCCGGGGAUCUCUGAAAAGUCGGGGUUCUCUGAAAGGUCGAGGUUCCUUGAAAGGUCAUAUUCAAGUCAAAGGACAAGAUCUUUUGGGAGAAAUAGUUUCAGUUAAAGGUGCUGGUGCAGUAAAAGGUCGGGGUUCUGUAAAAGGUCGAGGUUCUGUGAAAGGUCGGGGUUCUCUGAAAGGUCGUGGUUCUUUGAAAGGUCAAAGUUCUUUGAAAAGUCACAUGCAGGUCAGAGGACAAGAUCUCACUGAAGAAUUUUUAGUUCAAGGUAAAGACCCAAUGAUUGUUCACAUUUGGAUUGAUGGACAAGAUUUUGUGGAAGAAACACCUUCAGUUAAAGGCUUCAAUCCUGUGAAAGGACACAUGCAGAUCAAAGGACAAGAUAUGUUAGGAGAAACAGUUCCAGUUAAAGGUGUUAGUGCAGUGAAGGGGAAGGGUUCUGUGAAAGGCCAGGGUUUCGUGAAAGGUCGGGGUUCUGUGAAAGGUUGGGGUUCUCUGAAGGCUCAGGGUUCUCUGAAGGGUUGGGCUUCUGUGAAAGGUCAGGGUUCUGUGAAAGGAGGCACACAAGUCAAAGGACAAGGCCUUUUGAAAGAAGAAUUUUUGGUUCAAAAUACAGAGCCAGUGACCAGUCAAAUUGGGGUUGAUGGACAAGAUUUUGUGGAAUCAGCAGUUUCAGUUAAAGGCCUUGGUCCUGUGAAAAGCCACAUGCAGAUUAAAGGACAAGCUCUCUUGGGAGAAACAGUUUCUGUUAAAGGUGUUGGUGCAGUGAAAGGCCAGAGUUCUAUUAAAGGCAGGGGUUCUGUGAAAGGUCGUAGUUCUCUCAAAGGUCAUGGUUCUAUCAAAGGUGGCACACAGGUCAAAGGAAAAGACCUCUUGGAAGAAGAAUUUUUGGUUCAAUAUACAGAGCCAGUGACCAGUCAAAUUGGGGUUGAUGGACAAGAUCUCCUGGAUGGAGCAACUUCAGUUAAAGGUCUCCACCCUGUGAAAAGCCACAUGCAGAUCAAAGGACAAGCUCUCUUGGGAGAAACAGUUUCCGUUAAAGGCUGGGGAUCUGUGAAAGGAAGGGGUUCUCUGAAGGGUAGGGGUUCUCUCGAAGGUGUUGGUGCAGUGAAAGGUCAGGGUUCUAUGAAAGGCAGGGGUUCUGUAAAAGGUCGUGGUUCUCUCAAAGGUCGUGGUUCUCUCAAGAGUCAACUACAGAUGAAGGGUCAAGAUCUCCUGGAUGAAGCAAUUUCAGUUAAAGUUCACACGCAGGUCCAAGGACAGGAUCUCUUGGGAGAAGCAGUUUCAGUUAAAGGACAAGAUUUUCUGGAUGAAGCUGUUUCAGUGAAAAGUUUCUAUCCUGUGAAAAGUCACAUGCAGGUCAAAGGACAAGAUCUGGGAGAAACAGUUUCAGUUAAAGGUGUUGGUGCAGUGAAGGAUCAGAGUUCUGUGAAAGGUUGGGGUUCUCUGAAGGGUCAGGGAUCUGUGAAAGGUCGGGGUUCUGUGAAAGGUCGGGGUUCUCUGAAGGGUGGCACACAAGUCAAAGGACAAGGCCUCUUGGAAGAAGAAUUUUUGGUUCAAUAUACAGAGCCAGUGAUUAGCCAAAUUUGGAUUGAUGGACAAGAUUUUGUGGAAGAAGCAGUUUCAGUUAAAGGCCUCGGUCCUGUGAAAAGCCACAUUUCUGUGAAAGGUCAUGGUUCUCUAAAAAGUCAUCAACAGAUGAAAGGUCAAGGUUUGCUGGAUGAAGCAGUGUCAGUUAAAGGUAUGCAUCCUGUAAAAACUCAUGUGCAGGUCAAAGGACAGGAUCUCUUGGGAGAAACAGUUUCAGUUAAGAGUGUUGGUGCAGUGAAGGGCCAGGGUUCUGUGAAAGGUCAUAUACAGAUCAAAGGACAAGAUCUGUUGGGAGAAACAGUUCCAGUUAAAGGUAUUGGUGUAGCGAAGGGCCAGCAUUCUAAGAAACGCCAGGGUUCUGUGAAAGGCCAGAUUUCUGUUAAAGGACAAGAUCUCUUGGGAGAAACAGUUCCAGUUAAAGGCCAAAGUCCUGUGAAAGGUCAGGGUUCUCUGAAAGGCCAUGGUUCUCUAAAAGGUCAACUACAGAUGAAAGGACAAGAGCUCAUGGGUGAAACAGCUUCAGUUAAAGGCCUCAGUCCUGUGAAAGGCCACAUGCAGGUCAAAGGACAAGAUUUCCAAAGAGAAGCAAUUUCAGUUAAGAAUCUUGGCACUUUGAAAGGUCAGAGUUACCUGAAAGGCAUGGGUUCUCUGAAAGGUCACCAGCAGAUCAAAGGACAAGAUCUCCUGGAUGGAGCAACUUCAGUUAAAGGUCUCCAUCCUGUGACAAGUCACAUGCAGGUCAAAGGACAUGAUCUCCUGGGAGAAAUAGUUUCAGUUAAAGGUGUUGGUGCAGUGAAAGGCACAGGUUACCUGAAAGGUCAAGGUUCUGUGAAAGGUCAGGAAUCUGUGAAAGGUCGUGGUUCUUUGAAAGGUCACCUACAGAUGAAAGGACAAGAUCUCCUGGGGGAAGCAGUUUCAGCUAAAGGUCCCCAUCCUGUGAAAAGUAGCACACAGGUCCAAGGACAAGACCUCCUGGGAGAGACAGUUUCAAAUAAAUGUGUCCAUCCUGUGAAAGGUGACAAGCAGGUUCAAGGACAAGACCUCCUGGGAGAUGCAAUUUCACUUAAGGGUCUCAGUUCUGUAAAAGAUCAAAUGCAGGUCAAAGGACAAAAUCUCAUGGAAGUAGUUGCAGUUAAAACAGUUAGUUCUGUGAAAGGUCAUGUACACAUCACAGGACAAGAUGCCAUGGGAGAAUUUUUAGGUCAACAUAAAGAUCCCAUGUUUGGUCACAUUUGGGUUGCAGGACAAGAUUUCAUGCAUGAAUCAUUUUCAGUUAAAGGUCUUGGUUCAGUGAAAGAUCGAAUGCGGGUCAAAGGACAAAAUUUCAUUGGAGAAGCACUUUCUCUUGAAGGUCUUGGUUCUCUGAAAAAUCAUAUGCAAGUCAAAGGACAAGAUUUCAUUGGUGAAGCAAUUUCUAUUAAAGAUCUUGGUUCUGAGAAAGGUCAUGUGCAGUUCAAAGGACAGGAUUUCAUUGGAGAAACAGUUUCACUUAAAGGUCUUGAACCUGUGGAAGGCAUGCAGGUCAAAGAACAAGCUUCCAUAGGAGAAGCAGUCUCAGUCAAAGGUAUUGAUUCUGUGAAAGAGCACUUGCAGGUUAAAGGACAAGACCUCCUACAACAAGCAGUUCCAGUCAAAGGUGUAGGUUCUUUGAAAAGUCACAUGCAGGUCAAAGGACAAGAUCUUCUAGGAGAAACAGUUUCAGUUAAAGGUCUCAGUCCUGUGAAAGGUCAGGGUUCUGUAAGAGGUCUGAGUUCUCCCAGAGGUCCCACGCAGAUCAAAGGACAAGAUUCCACAAAAGUAGCGAUUCUGGCACAAGGUCUAAGUUCUCUGCAAAAUCGUAUGCAGCUUAAUGGACAAACAGGCAUGGAAGAAACAGUCUUAACUAAAGGUCAAGAUCUUAUGAAAAGUCACACACAGUUUAAAGGACAAAAUCACAUGCAAGAACAAGAAGCAUUUAAAGGUCAAGAAACAUUCAAAGGGCAAAGUUUCAGUAAGCCUGGCUCAUGCCCUGAAAUUGUAGCACAAUGCACAUAUGCAAGUAAUCCCAACAUGUGUGGGAGUGAUGUGGAGUGCCCAGGGACUAAGAAAUGCUGUUUGGGCAUAUGCGGGAUGGAGUGUUUAAUCCCUGAGUGA